AUGGAAAACCGGAGACAUAUUGAUUUGAAGACACCAUCUGGUGCAUCUGCCAUCUAUAAUAAUGACCUCACCUCGCUGAAUCAGAGCGAUGAGGAGAUACGGGUUAUCCAUCUGGCAAGCGGCUCAGACGGCUCGUUCAUCGAAUGCACUUUGCAUAAAAUCUCACUCAAGUCCAACCCUGCCCCCAAGUAUGAUGCACUAAGCUAUACAUGGGGUGACGCUACUGAUACGAGGGAAAUCAUCCUCAACGGCUACGUGGUCAACGUCACUCACAAUCUCUUUCUGGCUCUGCGCCGGCUGCGCCAAAAGGAGGAAGAACGAGUCAUAUGGGUCGAUGCCGUCUGCAUUAAUCAGCUGGAUUUGGAUGAACGCGCCCAGCAAGUCGACCUGAUGAGGAAGGUCUACUCGCUUUGUACGCAGGCUGUCAUUUGGCUAGGAGAACCACCGGAGCAAGCCACGCCUACUUUUCCCAUGCAUUGGUUUGGAGAUGAGCGCGAUGAUGAUUCGUUAGAAUGGCUGUGGAAUAACUUCUACGAUUACGCAACCGAUCCCGAGUUUGACACCACAGACGGAGAUACAGUCGACUGGGUUUUCCACGGGCUUGCCAAUAUCAGAUUGCUUUUAACGGGGCAUCUGUCAGAUCAGCCUCUCUUCGCAGACUUUACUGGGGAUAGUUUUUCAUACCCCACGGGCUACUCUAGGUAUUGCCGAUCCUUGUCCAAGGCACUACGGCCAUUCUAUAAGAACCCCUGGUGGACAAGAGUCUGGACUGUCCAAGAGUCUGUACUGCCCCCGAAAGCUUGCGUACACUACGGACCUACAACGCUUGACUUUUUGUUUCUACUUGAUGCAUUCGCAACACUCGCCAAACAUGUUCUCGACGACUGUUGUUCGAAGUUUUUCUCCAGCUCAGACCUAAACAUUAGAUCGGCCUUGGGCAGGAUUGGCAGUAAAAUCGUAAAUAUUAGAAACCUGCGCAAUAACCAGCGGGAUGGCUCAGUUAUGGGUCUAUGGGAGACACUGAUCGCAUGCCAUGCCCGAGAAGCAACCGACGAUCGUGACAAGAUCUUUGGUGUUUUGGGUCUGGUCAACUCGUGGCCCGUCGAACCGAUCAGCGCAGACUAUAAAGCAACAGUAGAGGCUUUGUACCGGCAAGUCACCGCCUCACAAAUUCUUGAGAAUUCGUCCUUGGUCCCGCUUCAUCUUCCGCUGAGAAAAUACGCUCAUCAAAAUCUUCCGUCAUGGACGGUUGAUUGGACCGCGCCCCAUGGGUACGGUAGUCAACUCAACACAUACCAAUUCGGCCGAGACAUAUACAAAUCCUUUGAAGCUGGCGGGAAACAACCCUGCCGCCCCGUCUUCAGCUCAGAUCAACAAGUUCUCCAGGUGAACGGACGCCGCUGCGAUAGAGUCAGUUCAGUGGGUAGAAUGGUACCAGCAGGCUCCCCUGCCAAGAAGCGGAAGGCCUACUGUGACUGGUUCAGGAUGGCCCAGAUUCAUCGGUGUCCAUCAAAGAGCUAUGUGUCGGGGUGCUCGUAUUUCCAAGCGUUUUGGAGAUGUCUCAGCUGGAACAUAUUGAUGAUCAUGUCCGAAGACCCAUGUACCAAGGAGAGCAUGCGGCAGUUCGACGCAAAAGCAAGUGAUGAGGAGUAUUAUGAAGCAUUCUUGUCAUACUCUAAAACCUCGCGCAGCUCAAUCUUCCAUCCCAAAGGAUUAUCCAAAGAGGAUAGAAAAGCUGUACUGAAGUUUGAUCCGACCUUCGCCCCAGCUGACGACCAAGCAUGGGGUCAGUUCUCGUCGUUGGCUUUUCGAGCCGAGCAAGUGAUACACGGUUUGACUGUCAAUAUGGUAAUGUUUAUGACCGAUUCCGGAUACAUCGGCAUCGGCCCGCCCCAGACAAAGGUAGGAGACGAAGUGUGGUGCCUUUUUGGAGGCUCGAUUCCGUUCGUCGUCAGAAGCACUGGAAAAACAUGCGCUGUUCGCAAAGGAGAGACGGAAACAUCACUUUGGGAGGUUUUGGGGAACUGCUAUGUCCAUGGAAUCAUGAAUGGCGAAAUUGCAGAUGAUGAGAAUCUCCCAGCACAAACCAUUUGCUUGGGAUAA